AACCGCGUACGUUUGUAAAAUAUUAAAAAUGUGGCAAUUUGCGGUGAUAGUAAUGUUAGUGAAUAGUUUCUUAGGAGUAUCUGGCAAUGCAAAUGGGACCAUCUUAUCACUUUUCGACAGCCAUAAAGUGGUUAGUGACGUCAUUCCCGUGGCACCAAGGGAAAUGCUUAAUGUAACGUAUUCAAAUGCAACAGUAAAUUUGGGCGACGAGCUGACGCCUACACAAGUGACAAACGAACCUACACUCACAUGGAACGCCGCUGUCGGACAGUAUUAUACGCUAAUAUUCACAGAUGCAGACGCACCGUCUCGCAAUACACCAGAGGAUCGUCAAAUGCUACACUGGUUAGUUGGCAAUAUUCCUGGCUCCAAUGUAUCCGCUGGUGAUAUCAUCGCAGAGUAUAUUGGACCUGGGCCGGGAGAAGGAUCUGGUCUACAUAGAUAUGUGCUGUUGGUGUACCAACAGCCAUCGAAAUUGACAUUCGAUGAACUACGAAUGAAUAACACGUCACCAGCAGGUCGCCCGCGCUUCUCAACAAACCAAUUUGCAUAUAAGUACAAUCUGAGCGAUCCUGUGGCUGGUAAUUUCUUUCAAGCUCAAUAUGACUCUUCUGUCCCCUUAUUAUAUAAGCAACUCGGUAUACUUAUUAACUCUACCGAUAAUGGGUCAACAAACAAUGGCACGAGCACUACGGCUGCUCCGUCAACAAACAAUGCAACGAGCAAUACGGCUGCUCCGUCAACAAUCAAUGGGACGAGCACUACGGCUGCUCCGACAACAACCAAUGCAACGAGCACUACGGUUGCUCCGUCAACAAUCAAUGCAACGAGCACUACGGCUGCUCCGGCAACAACCAAUGCAACGAGCAGUACAGCUGCUCCGUUAGCAAUCAAUGAAACGAGCAGUAUGACUGCUCCUACGGCCACCCCGGUUAAACCAAACAAGGGCUCUAUUCUGGAAAGCAGUAUUACAAUGUUACUUGUAUUGGGAUUGUUUUAUGUAAAGUGAAAAUUCGAUAGUAAGUUAGGUAUUAGCCCGUUCACGGACAGUAAUGGCGUUUACUCUAAAAUAAAAUAUCAGAAUACGGGGUAUCACGUUUCGCUAUAGUGCUUUCUGCGUAGUUGCCCACUACUGCUUCUCUGUAGAGAAAUAUCAACAACGUACUGACAAAAUUUCUACUAAUUCAAUAUGACACAAUGGCAGUCAUCCUAUUACUUUUGUGACCGUAUGUCAAAUGAUGACGAAAUCAGUCGUUAUGCCCGGGAUACUCGAGGUUAAUUUUUCAAGCUACGACAGCAAUCUAAAUAUCCCCCGUAUCCUGGUGCAAAAAAUAUCCAUCCUAUUGCGCUAUCCUACUUCCUCACCAGCUAACGAGCCUAGAAAUGAAGCUAGUUCUGUAUACACGAAGUCAGAAUUACUACUUUGCUUAGUCUGUCUUUUUUUUGCCAGUUUUCAUAAAAUGUUAAAUAGUCAGUCAACAGUUUUAUCGAUGGACUGUGAAAGGAGGUAAAGUUUUGUCAAAAAUGUCUGAAUUCUGAAUGUUACGACGUUCUCAUGAUUUCCUCAUGAAAUUAUUUUGUAUUGAUUACACAUUUUAAUAAUAACAGGCGGAUUUGAUUAUCUGU